AAAAACUGCCAAAAAGUGAUGUAGUUUACAAAAUUCGCGGGGUUCCGGUGAAAUUACAUAAAAAUUUAUUGGUAAGAUGGAUCGUCUUCUCCAGCAGUCCAUUAGCAUUCCACGUACAGAGCACCUCCUUACUAUAUGUAUAUAUAUAGACCUCCGCAGAGACAGAGAAGCUCAAGAAAUUGGUUGAAACUUGAAAGAGGAGGAAAUGGAAAAGGCUAUUUACAGACAGAAAGUUCUUCUGGAACACCUUCAGUCCACUGCUCCUCUUCCUGAUCACUCCCAUGGGUCUUCUCUUUCUUCAUCGGUAUGUUUAGCAGCAGGCGAUAGUUCGGCUCAUCGCAGGACUCCUGCAGGUGGAGAUGAUGUUGUCAUUGUGGCGGCGUACCGGACUCCCAUAUGCAAAGCAAAGCGAGGAGGAUUCAAGGACACAUUUCCCGACGAUUUGCUUGCCCCCGUUCUUAAGGCUGUCAUUGAAGCAACUAACAUAAACCCUGCUGAAGUGGGAGAUAUUGUUGUUGGUACUGUCUUGGCCACUGGCUCUCUGAGAGCAGCUGAAUGUAGAUUGGCUGCUUUUUAUGCCGGUUUUCCAGAAACUGUCCCUGUAAGAACUGUAAACAGGCAGUGUUCCUCUGGUCUUCAAGCUGUAGCUGAUGUAGCUGCAUCCAUAAAAGCUGGGUUCUAUGAUAUUGGUAUAGGGGCAGGAUUAGAGAGCAUGACAGUUGACAAUAUCAGCAGACCUCAAAUUGCUAAUCCAAGAGUGAAUGAUUUUGCACUUGCCCAAGAUUGUCUUAUACCUAUGGGGAUUACUUCUGAAAAUGUUGCACAACGUUACGGAAUCACAAGGCAAGAACAAGAUUAUGCUGCUGUUGUCUCUCACCAGAGGGCUGCCGCUGCAACUGCUACCGGGAAGUUCAAAGAAGAAAUCAUCCCUGUUUCUACAAAGAUUAUAGACCCUGCAACUGGAAUGGAGAAGCCUGUAGUCAUAUCUGUUGAUGAUGGCUUUCGCCCUAAUGCAAAUAUUGGGGACCUGGCUAAGUUAAAGCCUGCUUUCAAGAAGGAUGGAUCAACAACUGCUGGAAACGCUAGCCAGGUUAGUGACGGUGCAGGAGCAGUUCUUCUUAUGAAGAGAAGUGUUGCCAUUCACAAGGGGCUCCCAAUACUUGGUGUAUUUAGGAGUUUUGCUGCUGUUGGAGUGGAUCCUGCUGUGAUGGGGAUAGGACCAGCCGUUGCAAUUCCAGCUGCUGUAAAAUCAGCUGGACUAAAACUGGAUGAUGUUGAUUUAUUUGAAAUCAAUGAGGCAUUUGCAUCUCAAUUUGUAUAUUGCAAAAAGAAGCUUAAUCUUGAUCCCGAGAAAGUUAAUGUCAAUGGAGGCUCAGGGAUGGGCGCAGCUGCUGUUUUUGAAAGAGGGGAUUGAGCGGAUGGUCUCUCCUACGCCAGGGCCAUCAACCCCACAAAUUCUCUCUCUAAAGUUUGCUAAAUAAUAAUGUUAUGAAAUUGUGUUGUCCACAGAUUUUGAAACACCCAUUUGAUUCCAUCUUUGUAUUUUGACACAAACAUUUUGAAUAAAUUUGACAGCCUUUA